CCCCAUCCAGGAGCUCGUGCAACCUGGUGGUUGUGCUGCUUGCCGCUAGGCUGGAUUCAGAGAGCAGCUGCCACUGAGCUGCUUGGGUGGUUAAGCUCGCGGGCAGGCGGGCAGGCAGCCUCCUUCCCUCGGCUCUCCCUGGCGCCGGAGGAGGCAGGGCUGGGCUGCAGGAGGGCUCUGGUGGUUCGGGAUAUCGCACCCUUUGCCUCAGGAGGGCCUCCUCGCCCCCCGUCAGUGAAGGAAUCUGCUGGCCAAGUUACCUCACGGAGGUGGUGUGAGGAGGUGUUCCGGCUGCUCAACCUGCUGCUGUCGCCACGGCUGCUGCUGUUACGUGUUGCUUUUCAUUGACUAAUAGUCUGGAAACUUUUGCCACUUUGUAUUGGGUGGACAUCCUCUACAAGGUAUCUUAAGGAGUGUGCAGGAAAUCCACCAUUCCUGUGGUAAAGUGACCAAUCUCAUGCUUAAAGCUUCACUUCACUGAAAAAGAAAAGAUUAAUUUUCUUCUGACCCAGAAUUAUGGAUAUAAAAGACCGAAGGCACCGCUCUUUGACAAGAGGCAGGUGUGGGAAGGAAUGUCGUUAUACAAGUUCUUCACUGGACAGUGAAGACUGCAGAGUACCUACACAGAAGUCCUAUAGUUCAAGCGAGACAUUGAAGGCUUAUGAUCAUGACACCAGAAUGCACUAUGGAAAUCGAGUUAAUGACCUAGUUCACAGAGAGUCUGAUGAGUUUCCAAGACAAGGAACUAACUUCACUCUUGCUGAACUAGGAAUCUGUGAGCCCUCUCCCCAUCGAAGUGGCUACUGCUCAGAUAUGGGAAUACUUCAUCAAGGCUAUUCCCUCAGCACUGGGUCCGAUGCUGACUCAGAUACGGAGGGAGGAAUGUCUCCAGAGCAUGCCAUACGGCUGUGGGGGAGAGGGAUUAAAUCCAGGCGCAGUUCCGGUCUGUCAAGUCGUGAAAAUUCUGCCCUUACCCUGACUGACUCUGACAAUGACAAUAAAUCAGAUGAAGAAAACGAUUUUCAUACACAACUUUCUGAGACAUUGAAAGACAGACAGACUGGCUGGCAGCAGCUGGCUGAAACAAAGAACUCUCUGAUACCUGCAGAGGGCGUAUGUAGCGGCGGCAGGCAGAUGAACGCCACAUCCCCAACUCCUGGACAUGGCUCUCAAGCAGCCCCACCACUGCCGCUGAAGAUGCCGCCCCAAUCCAGAAGGAGUGGGUGCCAUACACUCUCGGGUCAAGGCACGCUCUCCUCAAAGCCUCCUCCACCAGAACCCAGAACUGGAAGCAGGUCAUGGGCAUCGUGUCUGCAUGGAAGAACAGCUGGCCAUCACCCUCCCCACACACGGCCAGGUCGUCCCAUUCCACCUACAUCCUCGUCUAGCCUCCUCCCAUCUGCUCAGCUGCCCAGUUCCCAUAAUCCACCACCAGUUAGCUGCCAGAUGCCCUUGCUAGACAGCAAUACUUCCCAUCAAAUCAUGGAUACCAACCCCGAUGAAGAGUUCUCCCCCAAUUCAUAUCUGCUAAGAGCAUGCUCAGGGCCACAGCAGACUUCCAGCAGUGGCCCUUCAAAUCAUCACAGCCAGUCAACUCUGAGACCACCUCUUCCACCACCUCACAAUCAUACUCUAUCCCAUCAUCACUCCUCUGCUAACUCCCUCAACAGGAACUCACUCACAAAUCGACGGAACCAGAUCCAUGCCCCAGCUCCUGCACCAAAUGAUCUGGCAACCACUCCUGAAUCUGUUCAGUUACAGGAUAGCUGGGUACUGAAUAGCAAUGUGCCACUUGAGACCAGACACUUCUUGUUCAAGACAUCUUCUGGAACAACUCCUCUGUUCAGUAGUUCUUCCCCUGGAUACCCUUUAACCUCAGGAACAGUUUAUACACCACCUCCCAGACUGUUACCUAGAAAUACUUUCUCCAGAAAUGCAUUCAAGCUGAAAAAGCCCUCCAAGUACUGUAGCUGGAAAUGCGCUGCUUUAUCAGCAAUAGCUGCUGCCAUCUUGCUUGCCAUUCUGCUGGCUUAUUUCAUAGCAAUGCAUAUGCUUGGACUAAACUGGCAGCUACAACCAGCAGAUGGACACACCUUUAAUAAUGGGAUAAGGACUGGAUUGCCAGGCUCUGAUGAUGUAGCAACAAUGCCAUCUGGAGGAAAAGGACCUUGGGCCACUAGAAACAACAGCAUAGAUAGCGGGGAGGCAGAGGUCGGACGGAGGGUCACACAGGAAGUACCACAAGGCGUAUUCUGGCGGUCACAAAUCCAUAUCACACAGCCACAAUUCCUGAAAUUCAAUAUUUCCUUAGGAAAGGAUGCUCUAUUUGCGGUCUAUAUAAGAAGAGGACUUCCACCAUCACAUGUCCAGUAUGAUUUUAUGGAGCGUUUAGAUGGGAAAGAGAAAUGGAGUGUGGUGGAGUCUCCACGAGAGCGUCGAAGUAUCCAGACCCUUGUUCAGAAUGAAGCUGUGUUUGUUCAGUAUCUGGAUGUGGGAUUGUGGCACCUUGCCUUUUAUAAUGAUGGCAAAGAUAAAGAAGUGGUGUCCUUCAAUACCGUAAUCUUGGAUUCUGUGCAGGACUGUCCACGUAAUUGUCAUGGGAAUGGUGAAUGUGUGUCUGGAAUUUGUCACUGUUUUCCUGGCUACCAUGGAGCUGAUUGUGCAAAAGCUGCUUGCCCAGUUCUGUGCAGUGGCAAUGGACAAUACACCAAAGGAGCCUGUUUGUGCUACAGUGGUUGGAAAGGGCCAGAGUGUGAUGUACCCAUCAGCCAGUGUAUUGAUCCUUCAUGCGGGGGCCAUGGUUCUUGCAUUGAAGGGAACUGUGUUUGCUCUGUUGGCUACAAAGGUGAAAACUGUGAAGAAGUUGAUUGCUUGGAUCCUUCCUGCUCCAACCAUGGUGUCUGUGUAAAUGGAGAGUGUCUCUGCAGCCCAGGCUGGGGAGGCUUAAAUUGUGAACUUCCACGUGCCCAGUGUCCAGACCAGUGUAGUGGGCAUGGCACAUACCUCUCUGACACAGGCCUCUGUAACUGUGAUCCCAACUGGAUGGGUCCUGACUGCUCUGUUGAAGUGUGUUCUGUAGACUGCGGCACUCAUGGUGUCUGCAUUGGUGGAGCAUGUCGCUGCGAAGAGGGCUGGACAGGGGUAGCCUGUGACCAACGUGUUUGCCAUCCCCGCUGCACAGAGCAUGGAACUUGUAAAGAUGGGAAAUGUGAAUGCCGAGAGGGCUGGAAUGGGGAGCACUGCACCAUUGGUAGGCAAACGACAGCCACCGAAACAGAUGGCUGCCCUGAUUUGUGCAAUGGCAAUGGGAGAUGCACACUCGGUCAGAACAGCUGGCAGUGUGUCUGCCAGACCGGCUGGAGAGGGCCUGGAUGCAAUGUUGCUAUGGAAACCUCCUGUGCUGAUAACAAGGAUAAUGAGGGAGAUGGCCUUGUAGACUGCCUGGAUCCAGACUGCUGCCUCCAGUCAACGUGUCAGAAUAGCCUGUUGUGCCGUGGCUCCCGUGAUCCCCUCGACAUUAUACAGCAAAGUCACUCGGGUUCACCAGCUGUGAAGUCAUUCUAUGAUCGAAUCAAACUCUUAGUGGGAAAAGACAGCACUCAUAUCAUCCCAGGGGAAAAUCCCUUCAACAGCAGUCUUGUGUCUCUUAUUAGAGGCCAAGUGGUGACUACAGAUGGAACUCCACUUGUUGGAGUCAACGUGUCAUUUGUCAAGUAUCCAAAGUACGGCUAUACCAUCACUCGCCAGGAUGGCACGUUUGACUUGAUUGCAAAUGGAGGCGCAUCUCUGACUCUACACUUUGAGCGAGCUCCAUUCAUGAGCCAAGAGAGGACAGUGUGGCUGCCGUGGAACAGCUUCUAUGCCAUGGACACGCUGGCAAUGAAGACUGAAGAGAAUUCUAUUCCCAGCUGUGAUUUAAGUGGUUUUGUCCGGCCAGAUCCUGUUAUAAUUUCAUCACCACUUUCCACAUUCUUCAGUGAUGCCCCUGGUCAAAACCCCAUUGUUCCAGAGACCCAGGUUCUUCAUGAAGAAAUUGAAGUCCCAGGCUCCAACAUAAAACUCUGCUAUCUGAGUUCCCGUACUGCUGGGUACAAAUCUCUGCUUAAGAUCACCAUGACACAGUCUCUUGUGCCUCUGAACUUAAUUAAAGUUCAUCUGAUGGUAGCAGUGGAAGGACAUCUUUUUCAAAAGUCAUUCCAAGCAUCCCCCAACUUGGCAUAUACAUUCAUUUGGGACAAAACUGAUGCCUAUGGUCAGAAAGUUUAUGGGCUCUCAGAUGCUGUAGUGUCUGUGGGAUUUGAAUAUGAAACCUGUCCAAGUCUGAUAUUAUGGGAGAAAAGGACUGCCCUAUUGCAAGGAUUUGAACUUGACCCCUCAAAUCUAGGGGGCUGGUCUUUGGAUAAGCAUCAUGUGCUUAACAUAAAAAGUGGUAUUCUGCAUAAAGGCAGUGGAGAGAAUCAGUUUCUAACUCAACAGCCAGCUGUGAUCACUAGCAUAAUGGGUAAUGGUCGUCGAAGGAGUAUCUCCUGUCCAAGCUGCAAUGGGCUUGCAGAAGGAAACAAACUACUGGCCCCUGUGGCACUUGCAGUGGGAAUUGACGGAAGCCUCUUCGUUGGGGAUUUUAAUUACAUCCGGCGCAUCUUUCCCUCUAGGAAUGUCACCAGCAUUUUGGAAUUACGCAAUAAAGAAUUUAAACAUAGGUGGCUCACUGGCUCCACACCUCGAACAGCUGUCAAAACUGAUUUAUUAGAAAUAAGCAACAACCCUGCCCACAAGUACUACCUAGCUGUGGAUCCUGUUUCGGGGUCGCUGUAUGUAUCGGACACCAACAGUCGUCGUAUUUACAAAGUCAAAGCACUUACUGGUGCCAAAGACCUAGCUGGUAACUCUGAAGUGGUGGCAGGGACGGGUGAGCAGUGUCUGCCGUUUGAUGAAGCCAGAUGUGGCGAUGGAGGGAAAGCAGUGGAUGCAACUCUAAUGAGCCCACGAGGAAUUGCAGUGGAUAAGUAUGGCCUUAUGUACUUUGUUGAUGCUACAAUGAUCCGGAAAGUUGAUCAGAAUGGAAUCAUAUCAACUCUGUUGGGCUCUAAUGACCUAACUGCUGUUCGGCCACUAAGCUGUGAUUCCAGCAUGGAUGUCACCCAGGUCCGUCUGGAAUGGCCCACCGAUCUUGCUGUCAACCCAAUGGAUAACUCUCUGUAUGUCCUGGAGAACAAUGUCAUUUUGCGGAUCACCGAGAACCAUCAGGUUAGCAUCAUUGCUGGCCGUCCAAUGCACUGCCAGGUUCCCGGUAUAGACUACUCCCUCAGCAAACUGGCCAUUCAUUCUGCACUGGAAUCGGCCAGUGCCAUUGCCAUCUCACACACUGGAAUUCUUUACAUCAGUGAGACAGAUGAGAAAAAAAUUAACCGGCUUCGCCAAGUCACCACUAAUGGUGAGAUUUGCCUUCUGGCUGGGGCAGCUUCAGACUGUGACUGCAAAAAUGACGUCAACUGUAAUUGCUAUGCUGGCGAUGAUGCUUAUGCCACUGAUGCCAUCUUAAAUACCCCAUCCUCCUUAGCUGUGGCACCAGAUGGCACUAUUUACAUAGCAGACCUUGGAAACAUACGUAUCAGGGCUGUCAGUAAAAACAGACCUAUCCUUAACUCGUUCAACCAAUAUGAAAUUGCUUCUCCAGGAGACCAAGAACUGUAUGUUUUCAACAUUGACGGCAUUCACCAAUAUACCCUCAGUCUUGUUACAGGAGAAUAUCUAUAUAACUUCACCUAUAGUGCCGAUGAUGUGACUGAGGUGAUUGAUAACAAUGGCAACUCCCUCAAAAUUCGACGGGAUACAAAUGGAGCACCGCGUCAUUUUCUAAUGCCUGACAAUCAAAUUGUGACUCUGGCUGUUGGCACGAAUGGUGGUCUUAAAGUAGUGUCAACCCAGACGCUGGAACUUGGAUUAAUGACCUAUCAUGGGAACAGUGGCCUCUUGGCAACAAAAAGUGAUGAGACAGGAUGGACGACCUUUUAUGACUAUGACCAUGAAGGACGCCUGACCAAUGUAACUCGCCCCACUGGUGUAGUAACCAGCCUUCAUCGUGAAAUGGAAAAGUCUAUUACCAUAGAUAUUGAAAACUCCAACCGGGAUGAUGAUGUCACAGUAAUUACCAACCUCUCCUCUGUGGAGGCCUCCUAUACAGUAGUUCAAGAUCAAGUGAGGAACAGCUAUCAGCUCUGCAAUAAUGGCACUUUGAGGGUGAUGUAUGCCAAUGGAAUGAGUAUUAGCUUCCACAGUGAACCGCAUGUGCUAGCCGGUACUGUAACCCCAACAAUUGGACGAUGCAAUAUUUCCUUGCCAAUGGAGAAUGGCUUAAAUUCAAUAGAGUGGCGCCUGAGAAAGGAACAGAUAAAAGGAAAAGUGACUGUAUUUGGAAGAAAGCUCAGGGUCCACGGAAGAAACUUGCUGUCUAUUGAUUAUGACCGGAACAUUCGCACUGAGAAAAUAUACGAUGAUCACCGGAAGUUUACACUGCGUAUUAUUUAUGAUCAGCUUGGACGCCCUUUUCUCUGGCUACCCAGCAGUGGUCUUGCUGCUGUGAAUGUCUCUUAUUUCUCCAAUGGACGGCUCGCUGGACUUCAACGUGGUGCCAUGAGUGAAAGAACAGAUAUUGAUAAACAGGGCAGGAUUAUUUCCCGCAUGUUUGCAGAUGGAAAAGUAUGGAGUUACACAUAUUUGGAAAAGUCCAUGGUACUACUACUUCAGAGUCAGCGGCAGUACAUCUUUGAAUAUGAUUCUUCAGACCGACUGCAUGCUGUCACUAUGCCCAGCAUUGCUCGGCACAGUAUGUCCACUCACACAUCUAUUGGCUACAUUCGAAAUAUUUAUAACCCUCCUGAGAGCAAUGCCUCAGUGAUUUUUGAUUACAGCGAUGAUGGAAGGAUUUUGAAAACAUCUUUUUUAGGAACUGGUCGGCAGGUUUUCUACAAGUAUGGGAAAUUAUCAAAGUUGUCUGAGAUUGUGUACGACAGCACAGCAGUGACUUUUGGAUAUGAUGAAACCACUGGAGUUCUUAAGAUGGUUAACCUACAGAGUGGUGGCUUUUCUUGUACCAUCCGCUAUCGCAAAAUUGGGCCUCUGGUUGACAAACAGAUUUACAGAUUUUCUGAGGAAGGUAUGGUCAAUGCAAGGUUUGAUUAUACCUACCAUGAUAAUAGUUUUCGGAUUGCUAGCAUCAAGCCUAUAAUAAGUGAGAUACCUCUUCCAGUUGACCUUUAUCGUUACGAUGAAAUCUCAGGCAAAGUAGAGCACUUUGGAAAAUUUGGGGUAAUUUAUUAUGAUAUAAAUCAAAUAAUCACUACAGCUGUGAUGACGCUGAGCAAGCACUUUGAUACACAUGGACGCAUUAAAGAAGUGCAAUAUGAAAUGUUCCGAUCACUCAUGUAUUGGAUGACAGUGCAAUACGACAGUAUGGGAAGGGUAACUAAAAGAGAACUUAAGCUUGGGCCUUAUGCUAACACAACUAAAUAUACCUAUGAUUAUGAUGGAGAUGGGCAGCUCCAGAGUGUGGCAGUCAAUGACAGACCAAACUGGCGUUACAGUUAUGAUCUAAAUGGGAACUUGCAUCUCUUGAAUCCUGGAAACAGUGUCCGAUUGAUGCCACUGCGCUAUGAUUUAAGAGAUAGGAUUACACGCUUGGGUGACAUGCAGUACAAGAUAGAUGAUGACGGCUUUCUAUGCCAGAGAGGCUCUGACAUAUUUGAAUACAACUCCAAAGGGCUCUUAACAAGAGCUUACAACAAAGCAAAUGGGUGGAGUAUUCAGUAUCGUUAUGAUGGAGUAGGAAGACGGGCUUCUUACAAGACUAAUUUAGGGCACCACCUUCAAUACUUCUAUGCUGAUCUUCACAACCCAACCAGAAUAACACAUGUGUAUAACCAUUCAAAUUCAGAAAUUACUUCUUUGUAUUACGAUCUGCAAGGUCAUCUCUUUGCAAUGGAAAGCAGCAGUGGUGAAGAAUACUACGUUGCCUCAGAUAACACAGGGACACCACUAGCAGUGUUCAGUAUCAAUGGCCUCAUGAUCAAGCAGCUGCAAUACACUGCAUAUGGGGAGAUAUAUCAUGAUUCUAACCCUGACUUCCAAAUAGUCAUUGGAUUUCAUGGAGGACUGUAUGACCCCUUAACAAAACUGGUACACUUUACUCAAAGAGAUUAUGAUGUUUUGGCUGGACGCUGGACUUCUCCCGACUAUACAAUGUGGAAAAAUAUUGGUAAGGAACCUGCCCCAUUCAACUUGUAUAUGUUCAAGAGCAACAACCCACUCAGCAAUGAACUGGAUUUAAAGAAUUAUGUGACAGAUGUGAAGAGCUGGUUAGUGAUGUUUGGCUUUCAGCUCAGCAACAUUAUACCUGGUUUCCCAAGAGCAAAAAUGUAUUUUGUGCCACCUCCUUAUGAGCUCUCAGAGUCUCAGGCAUGUGAAAAUGGACAGCUCAUUACUGGAGUCCAGCAGACAACUGAAAGGCAUAACCAAGCCUUCAUGGCCCUUGAGGGACAAGUCAUUUCUAAAAGGUUACAUGCUAUUAUUAGAGAAAAAGCAGGCCACUGGUUUGCAACCACCACUCCAAUCAUUGGCAAGGGCAUCAUGUUUGCUGUGAAGGAAGGCAGAGUAACCACAGGAGUUUCAAGUGUCACAACGGAAGACAGCCGAAAGAUUGCCUCUGUGCUUAACAAUGCUUACUACCUAGAAAAGAUGCACUAUAGCAUUGAGGGAAAGGACACCCAUUAUUUUGUCAAGAUUGGCUCAUCCGACAGUGAUCUUGUCACCCUCGCAAUGACCAGUGGGAGGAAGGUGCUGGACAGUGGAGUGAAUGUCACCGUGUCCCAGCCAACUCUCCUAGUCAAUGGAAGGACUCGAAGGUUUACAAAUGUUGAGUUCCAGUACUCCACCUUGCUGAUUAACAUACGUUACGGCUUGACUCCUGACACACUGGAUGAAGAAAAGGCAAGAGUACUGGACCAAGCCCGGCAACGUGCCUUGGGGUCAGCCUGGGCCAAAGAGCAGCAGAAGGCACGGGACGGCAAAGAAGGCAGCCGCCUGUGGACUGAAGGCGAGAAGCAGCAACUUUUGACCACAGGGAGGGUGCAAGGUUAUGAAGGAUACUAUGUCCUCCCAGUGGAGCAGUACCCAGAGCUGGCAGACAGUAGCAGCAACAUCCAGUUCUUAAGACAGAAUGAAAUGGGAAAGAGGUAACAAAUUAACCUGCUGUCAUCCUUGCCUGGAUGAAUCAGUAGUUGCAACUGUUAUCUCCUCUCCUAAGGAGAUGAAGACCAACGGGGCACUCAAAGGCUGAGCUACUUUGGGAUCAUAAGUGGCAAGAAAGCUCACAUUUUUUGAGUUAAAUGCUGCUGUCCAAGUGAUUCAAAAGAACAUCCUGAAGUGGACUAAAGCCAGACUGAAAACUUUAAUUAUGUGCAAAUUUAAAAGUACCCCAUAAAUAUUACCCACUUGUUCUGGGUCUAAAGAAAAAAAAAUUCACAACAAAAAUAUUGAAAAAAGAAGGCCUCAUCUUAUAUUACCUCACUCCAUUCACAUGUGAGCAAACUUUCAAGAAAUCCAAGAGGGCCACCCACCUCCACUAGACCAGCUGAUGGGAAAAAUUCUUCAGGCUGCUUGUUUGAUAAACAUUCUAAAGGUUUUUCAUUUAAAAGCAAAAUACAGGUGCAUCUAAUACAUGACUUCUGGGGUGAUUUGUGUGUAGCAACUGGAAGAAAUGAGAACAGGCGCAACAGAGCACUGGAAAUAGUAACAGAAAUAUAUUAAGGAAUAUAAACCUGCAUUUGCACUCUGACCCUGCUUUUGUCUGGCCUAAAGUUAAUUUAUUCAAAGAGGGCAGAGUGUAAAGUUCAAUUCAAAAUGGUGGCUAUAAAUCACUACUGAUAAAUUUCAUACUCUGUUUGUCUUUGAAGAUUCCAUUGUGGACAGUAUAACACAGUUACAGGGUGUAGUCUGUUUAGAUUCAGUAGUUUGUUGGUAUCAGUUCUAGUAGAGCUGUGGGCAUUGUGUUAACACUGUUGCAAAUGGGCACCAAUUCAGAUCACCCUGUACAUACAUCAGCCAGAAGGCACAAUCACUGUUUCAGAUUUUAAAAAAAAUUAUUAGUGUGUUUGUUUGGUCGAGAAACUGAGACAAUCACAUUAUGGUCACCAAGAGAAAAAAAAUAUUUAAAAAAAUAAAAAUAAAAAGUCGAAUAAGAACUUUGGUACAGAACUUUUUUGUAAUAUACAUGUAUGAAUUGUUCAUUGAGUUUUUAUAUUAAUUUUAAUUUGCUGCUAAGCAAAGAAUAGAGACAGGCAAAGAUAAUUUAUGGCAAAGUGUUUAAAUUGUUUAUACAUAAAUAAAGUCUCUAAAACCCCUGUGAA